AUGGAACCAGAAGCUGAAGACACAGACAACAAGGACAACGCAGUCCCUUGGUCAGGUUCAGAAGGUUCUGGGGAACUGUGUGAUGAUGCCAGUGAUGAAGAGCACCCUUUAGACCCUCUACCUGCUCACAUCCUGAAGUCUGAUCUCAAGGCCACCCCAGCAUGCCUUCAAUCACAAGACUGGCAAUCUGCAGGUGAGCAACCGUCCCCGCCUGAACUUUGCGCAAGUGAAGAGGAGGUUUCAUACCAAGAAGAGGAUGACAUCUACUUUAGUGAAUCAGGAGAGUCCAUUACUGAGUCUCCUCGAACCAAACUCUCACCAACAUCACUGUCCCCACACUCAGAGCGCCCCAACUUCGAGCCUCAUGCCAGACAGACAUCACGGCCGCAUUCACAGUCUUCUUCUUCCUCUCUUGGUCGCGCAGCUGACAUGACCCUGGCCUUGGCCCUGACCACAGAGCAGCCCCUGGGAGCCAGUAGUAGGCAGGGCCCAGGGACUGUGAACAGGAGGGUUGAAUCUUCAGAGGAAGGAGGGAGUAGUGAAGCACCUCCUGCUUCUCUCUUCUUUGGAAUUUCAGACAAGGCUGCUGAGCAGGCAGAGAAGUGGAACUCGGACUCUGACACAGAUCUCUGCAGACCGGACAGGCAGAGGGCAAGGUCCACACGGCUCAGUCACAAGGAGAGCCAAUCAGACAGACAAGUCAAGGAGACCAAGUCCAAAUGUAAGCGUAUCGCUCGGCUGCUAACGGAUGCACCCAACCCUCAAAAUAAGGGAGCUUUGCUGUUUAAAAAACGCCGCCAAAGGGUCAAGAAGUAUACACUUGUGAGUUACGGGACUGGGGAGAAAAAGCUUGACAGCGAAGACCAAAUAGAGGAGGAAACGGAAGUCAGAUCAGCUGGUUAUGCCUUUGUGGCAACAAGUGAAUCUGAUUUAGAAGAAGAGUAUUCUGUUUAUCAACAGCAGCACCAUUUAAGUCUGAAUUGGGGAAGUGGUAGAGAAAUGGAAGCAGAAACAAAAGGUAAGGGUGUUAUGAUGUUUGCCCAACGCCGCCAACUGAUGGAUAAAAUUGUGUCAGAGCAUGAAGACCUGAGGAAUAAAGGAUUACCUUUGGAGACAUUACGAGAACCCGAAUUUACAGAAGCACAGAAUGUUUAUGACACUGAGGAAAUGUACGUGCAUACUGAUCAGGCCAACUACAUGGAUGCAAAUCCUAGGCCGCACGAAGAAUACCAAGAAAGUAUUCAACAGAUGAACCACCUAUCCAACGUGCCAAGACCGUUGGUAUCAAACAGAACUGCGAAGCCUUUCCUAGGAUUUUCCAUCAGCACAACUGCUCCAGUGACAAAGAAGCAAGAACCGAGAUUCAGAGUACCUGUACCUAUUAACACUCACCCGCAAGUUUGGUCCCCCACUGGAGAAAUCAUAGCCUCAAGAGAUGAGCGAAUAUCUGUGCCAGCAAUAAAGGCCGGCAUCCUUCCAGAGGGUAAAAGGAGAUUCACUAAUAAACAGUCAACAAUGCUGGCGCAAAGAUCAGAUAAUCAUCUUCAAAACAAAGGGGAGAGGAGGUCUUUUAUUGAGGCAGAGGAAAGACUUUUUGGUCUAGGUGCUGAAGCUUGUAACUUCAUGCAACCCAGAACAAUAAACUCAAGAAUCCCCCUCCAGGUUGCCCCAAAACCCACCAUCAACCCAGCUUGUCAACCUUGGAUGAGUAUGAGCCCCUCUGGUGAGCCCUAUACACCAAGAAGUCCAGUUUCACAACCCGCUUACAGUCACGGGGGGCCUCAUAAUCAGCAAUACUUACAGUAUCAAGAUUGGGCUCAAACUCGACAGAGAGCCACCAUUGGGCACCAGAUCAAACCUCCGGCAACACUUCAAACACCUGCCAAUGCCGUUCGGGUCCUGUCGACUCCUCUUCUCAGCUUCAUCUCCAGUCAAACAACAAAUAGCUGGAGUCAGCAGCCAUCACAACCCCCAGUGAGUAUGCAGGCCCGCAGUCCUAAAUACAGCCCACAUCACCCUCCCUCACCCUCAAGGAAUAAGUUAGAAGGUACUCAAAACUCUGUUGCCUCUUGCCCACCACAAGCGGGGAAGUCAAACGGUUAUGCAUCAAAAGCAUCACAGGCUUCUUCAAGGGGUCGAGUCUCAGUCAGAGGUACUAAUCAGGCUGGUGAUGGUCCAACUAUGGCGGGAAAAGGUGCAGCGUUGUUUGCCAAAAGACAGUCCCGUAUGGAGAAGUUUGUUGUCGAUGAUGAAACGGUGCAAGCUAACAAAACAAGAUCCCCCUCCCCAAACCCAUCACUCCCUAACUCCUUGAGAUAUUCUUCCAUCGUUCGUGCUCCACCUCCUUCAUCAUACAAUCCCCUUCUUGCUCCUUUCUAUCCUCCAUCAGCAGCCAAGCAACCCCCUUCCACAAGCCCCAAAAUCAAGCCUAAGAGUAAAGAGAAACCUAAAGCAGCGCCAAAGCACCUCAACCCCUUAGAUAUUAUGAAACAUCAGCCUUAUCAAUUAGACUCUUCACUAUUUAAGUAUGAGGCAGUACCUGAGGCCAAAAGCCCCAGCCCUAAACCGACUCCAGCAUCAAAGUUUGAGGCCACCAAAAGCCUUAAACAUAGAUCUGCUCCUUCUCAUUCUCCUUAUAACGCCUCUGAGCUUGUUGUUCAAAGCAAGGCAGAAGUUCCUGCUAAGUCUCCUGUAUUGGUAAGUUCCCAAAAUUAUUCUGCCCGCCAAAGCACGAGAUCAGUUGAGCCUCUUGCAACCGAUAAGCGCUUGCAUAGAAAGCACACUAUCCCACCUACAGCCCAUCACAUAACCAACAAGCAGGCACCAAGUGCCCGACCUGCAAGCGCAUCCUCCCAGCAUUCUUCUUUGGUGAAAGGCAUUGCUUCAGCUUUUUCUCCUGCAUCUCUUAUUGCUAGAGGCGCACGUCAAAUGGCACCUCGCCCGAAGUUUUCUGCUAAGAAGCCAGUGGUGACAAGCAAACAGUGGAGACCUGUUGCUGCGCUUCAGUAG